ACCGUUCAUGGGAACUCAAUUUAACUCAAACAGGUGUGAAUGAAGUGAACAGACCAUGGAAUAAUGUUAGAAGGAGACAAAUGACAAUCAAUUCCCUUUGAAAACAGAAGAAAUGGGGACUAACUCCUCAUUCCCGGAGGGAUCUCCCCCGGGUGGCAGAAUCCCUGCCUUCAACAGACAGACUCAUGCAUACAAUUUGUCUGAUUCCGACCUUAGUGCCAGGGAAAAGAAGAAAAAGACUUCAAAGUUAACAACGCUUAGAAAGAGGCUUAUUCGAUCCAGGCGACAUAGUCGCUCAAUGGAUUAUGGGAAAGCUUUACGAGAAAUGAUAGCAACAUGGUCAAUUCGAGAACUCAAAGCUCUCAUUCAGGAAUAUGAAGUUUUGGUGGCACUUAAGGAAUUAGCCAUGGCAGCCAAUCUUGCUAGACCUGUCGCAAAUUCUUUGAAAAAGGAUUUAGCAGUGUUGUUUGAUUCUAAAUGUUGUACAGAUAUUGACCUGGUGUAUAAGGGAGCCUGUUUCCCUGCUCAUCGUGCUAUAUUAUCAGUGAGGAGUCCUUAUUUUAGGGAUCUGUUAAAUCGGUAUCCAGGGGUGGGUUGUCAGAUUCCUGUUAAACUACGUACUAUUGGAGUGGAUGUUGCGUUAUUUGCUACAGUUUUGCGAUUUCUUUAUACUGAUGAAAUCAAUUCUCAUGAUCUGCGUCCAGAUCAUCAAGAGACUUUGGCUAAGUUGGCAGAUGAAUUUGGUGUUCCAAAUGCUUUGGAGCAUGAUCUGAGAGUUUUAUUAGAUUCUGGGAACUAUAGUGAUGCUGUGCUAGUGUUCACUUGUGAUGGAAAUUGUACAGACUCUUCAUCUGAAAAUGAAGCUCCAUGUAAAUCCGUGCUACAUGAACUAAGGUGCCAUAAAGCAAUAUUGGCAGCUAGGUCACCAUUUUUCAAAAAUCUGCUGAUCCGAAGAGCAAGAUCAGGGGAGGAUCAAGGUUUAAACACACAAUCAAAAAUAGUGCUAGAUGAGACAAUUAUUCCACGACGUUAUGCCAGAGUGCUGUUGAACACUAUAUACCAGGACAGUGUGGACCUGUCACUGAUAUUAAGGGGAAGUGCAAGCAUGUGCAGUCUUAGUGAGGUACAGGCGAUUGUGGCAGGGCGGGGACAGAUGACACUGAUAGAGGAGGCAAUGGAGGUUUACCAAAUAGGGCAAUUCCUGGAUUUCCCUGUUCUAUCUCAAGGUUGUGAGGAUAUAAUUGCUGAGGGUAUUUCCCUGGACAAUUUGAUCAGUGUGUUGUCAUGGAGCUCAGAACCCCAUGGGUCAAAGUGGGUCCAUAACCAGGCUCUUCAUUUCAUCCGCGAGGAAUUCCUCCAGGUUGUGCACUCCUCGGUCCUCACUGAACUGUCUAGAGAGUACCUGAAGGAGGCCCUGGCCUCGGACUUUUUACAGGCAGGUGAAUUGGACAUUCUGUCGGCCAUUAUCAAGUGGGGAGAGAAUCACUUAGUGAAGAGAUUGGAGGAAAGAGAGCCCAACUUACUUAGCCAUACAGCACACAGCAUCAGUAAAAAGGGUGUUAAGAAACGCGAUCUCAAUGAUGAAGAGUUAAAGGAUAUUCUGUCAGAUUUCCUGUGCUUAAUAAGGACGGAUCAUAUCCUACCCCAUAACAGUGAUGUUCUCAACAGUGCAAUAAAACGAGGGCUUGUCAGUCGACCGCCCAGUCACAUGAUUGGAGAUGAGGGUUUUGUAGUACCGUCAUCAUCCUGGAUACGAGGAAAAAACAAUGGCAUGUUUGUUAGACCCCGAUUGUUUGGUCCAUAUUAUGAAGAUGCUAAGGCUGUAUUGGAAGAGCGGCUCUCUCAGGGUCCGGAUCAGGAAUCAGGGCGUGUCAGAACCAUUCAGAUGUCAUCUAUACCAGACACGUUGUACAUGGUAGAUAAUAGCCAGUAUCCCAGCAACUACGUCAACCCUCCUAGCUGUAACACAGUGGACAUCAUAGCAGGAACCAUACCAGUACCUGAUAAUGCCACAAUACACAGAAUGUUGCACAGAGAAAGAGAAUUACAAAGUAGUCCCACUGCCCAGAGAGCUCUGAGCCUGCCAUUAAGUGAUCGUCGGGCUGUCUCCUACCAGCUUCGCCUGAGAACAGUCCGUGAAUUUGGACUGCCAGACUCCACAAUAGAGGUGCUGCAGAACACUAAUUCUUACUACCCUCCAGAUCCACUACCUCCAUCUCUCCCAGCAAAAACACAUUCACUGAAAAAGUACCUGAUAUCUCCACGAAGACGCAAGCAGAGCCCCCCUCUCAGUAAGAGGACCCCCUUGGGGAGCCCCACCAAGCCUGUACAGUGUGUUCCUCCCACUCGCUUAUCACAAGGGGCGUCAAGAGAGACUGACUUGAGUCCAUGUAGUGACAGUGCCUUAAGUGACACCAUGCCAGACAUUGCAAUGGCUUCAGCUUCACUCAGUCAGAUCAACCUUCAGGAUGAGUUUGACCUUGACAUUGGAGAUAGAGGGAGUCACCAUGGCACACUGUACAUUUAAUGUAUUUUUGUGUCACAUGACUGGGAUUGUUUUUUGUCUUAUUUAUUACAGACUAGAGUUACCACCUCUGUGUUAUUUAUUAUCCAAAAAAGAUUUCUAUUUUUAUUCUUUGUUGUCACAUAUCAGAACAUUUCAUUAUAUGUUGUAGUAUUAAAUCGUGUUCAUUUCACUAAUAACAAAAUUGAAUUUACAGUAUCUACAUAAUUUGUUGAUUUUUUAAAAUUACCUCUGCAUUGUGUUUAUGCUAAAUGUUUAUCAUAUAUUUAGUACAGAUUCAAAAUCAGCCAGCCUAAGCUAUAGAUUGAAAAUUGUUUAAAAAUAUUUUUUUUAUUUAGUAAUGUUUAGUAGUUACCAACAAUUUGAUAAAGUUUAAUGGUAAAUUUACCAAUUGUACACGCAUGUUAUAGUUACCAAAUUCAAGAAGAACAGAUUUUUUUUCUUUAGUUGAAAGUUUGUGAAGUUUUUCUUUUAUCUGAUUACUUUAUCAAAUAAAAAAUAUAUUUUAUUGGCAACUGUGAUAUCUGUGAAGUACAAAAUCAGUGGAAAAUGAACAGUGUAGAGCUGACUACAUGUUAUUUGUAUAUUUAUCUGACACCAAUAUGCUUUGGCAUACGUCCAUCAUAUCUUGUUAGUGUUGUCAUUUCCCUUCAAAUGUUGAAAUAUUUUAUACCAUUGAAUGUUUGGCUCAAAGAGUGCAGCAGAGAAUAUGAAGAAAAAAGUUACAUUAUUUAGGGUUCUGUAGCUGGAAAGAGCUCUAAAUUGUUCUAAUGUCUUCAAAAAAUUCAGUUACAUGUAUUUGUUUGUGUUUACCUUGUGUUCAAUGUUGCUCUUGUUUGUGAAAUGUUGCACUUUUUAAGAUUUUAUCUUUAAUUUUUUUUUUUUGAAUUAAUUUUCAGUCAUAGUAGCUCAAUCAUUAGGGUAAAAUCUUUUAAACUGAUAUAUAUGUACAAGUAGUUGAUGAUUUGAAACUCAAUUAUUUGAUCUUGAUUUUUUCAAAUCUUGAACUAACCUGAUCUAUAUUAAGCAUCUGUUAUAAUGUGUCUGUAUCUCUGGAUAUUUUUAAAGAAAACAAUCAUUGUAAGAAGACACAAUCAAGUUCUCAUCUGAAUAGUAUUAACAACAAUGACUGAACUUUGGUUCUACUUCUUUACAUUUUAAAUGACACUGAUGGGGUGCUGUAGGUUGCAUAAAAUAAGUAAGAAAGAAUGAUGUUCUGUGAAGUUGUUUACUGCUUUUUACAUAUAUUAAGUAGCUGUUUUUGACACUAAGCUCUUAUACAUCAAUUUCCAGACUGUGAUACUGUUGAACCCUAUUGUAUUGUGAGAGUGAAUUAAUGUGAUAGUAUGUGUUAUAAUCAAACAAUAAUUAGUUUCUAUCUAUGUUUGUAUUUUGGUCCCAGUUCUUUAGCAAUGCUUUGUAGUAUAAUCUGAUUCAUUCAUUACCAUGUUCUUGAGAAUGAAGAUACACAUGUUUAUUUAUUGGUGUGUUUUUCAUCUUUAUGUUCUUGGCUGUAACAUUUUAAGAAUAUUUGAUAUAGAUACAUGAUCUAAUUGAAAGCCAGGAACUCAGGUUCAUGUCAGGUCAAGGACAAAUUAAGAAAUCAGUAGUCAAAAGUUUUCUGCUACAUUUGGAGGAAUUAUGUUCAACAGACAUUUUAUGUUCUGAAUUUGAGUUUCUGGAAUAAAUAAACUUAUGAAUUCCAUAA